UUGGGGCUGGGCCUGGGAUAACUCUCUCCCCUGUUUUCCAGGGUCCUACUGUGUGUGGUAAGAAGCCGGGAAGAUGGCAUUGCUCCUACUCUCACUGCUGGGGCUCCUCCUCACCUGGGAAGGGGGCCAGGCUGUGAUCCCUACCAGUGAGCUCAAACAGCUGUCGGUGGCUGGGAGCAAGUACCUCGACACCGAGAUUGAGAACGCCAUCAACGGGGUGAAGCAGAUGAAGACCCUCAUGGACAAGACCAGCAAGGAUCACCAGGCCAUCCUGGACACGCUGGAGGAGACCAAGCAACAGAAAGAGGAGGCCAUGCGGCAGGCCCGGCAGAAGGAGCAGCUGCUGUCGGAGACACGGGAUGUGUGCAACGAGACGGUGCUGGCACUGUGGGAGGAGUGCAAGCCCUGCCUCAAGCAGACCUGCAUGCGCUUCUACUCCAAGACCUGCCACAGCGGCUCGGGGCUGGUUGGACGCCAGCUGGAAGAGCUCCUGAACCACUCCUCGCCCUUCUCCAUCUGGGUGGACGGGGAGCGCGUGGACUCGCUGCUGGAUGAGGACAAGCAGCAGGGCCGGUGGCUGGAGGACCUGGAGGAGCGCUACGGCCUGGUGGAGGACAGCGUGGACGACCUGUUCCAGGAGAGCACGCGGGCCUACGGGCACCUGCACCCCUUCUUCCACUCGCCCUUCGCCGGCGGCUUCCAGGAGGCGCUGCGCUCCCCCUUCCGCAGCCCGCGCCUCCCCAGCACCAGGGUCGUCCGGGACCUGCCGUCCCCCUUCUUCCGCCUGCACGACCCCACCCAGAGCUUCCAACACCUCUUCCAGCCCCUCUUCGAGAUGACCCAGCGCAUGUUCGAGGGGGCCCAGCGCGCCAUGGAGAACGACAGGCACUGGUUCGGCAAGGGCUGGGAUUCCCUGCCGGGAGGGGUCUCCACAGAGACCUACAACACCAGCGACGCCCGCAUGGUGUGCCGCGAGAUCCGCCGCAACUCCGCCGGCUGCCUCAAGAUGAAGGACCGGUGCGAGAAGUGCAAGGAGAUCCUGGCCGUGGACUGCUCGGACCCAGCACAUAGCCAGCUGCGGGAGCAGUUCGAGGACGCGCUGCGUAUCGCCGAGCGCUUCAGCCACCGCUAUGAUGAGCUGCUGGAGGCCUUCCAACAGGAGAUGCUCAACACCUCGCGCCUGCUGGACCAGCUCAACCGGCAGUUCGGCUGGGUGUCCCGCCUGGCCAACCUCACCCAGAACGGCAGCGGCCGCGACGACGGCUUCUUUCAAGUCACCACGGUGCUUUCGAAGACCCCUGACCCCCGGGACCCCUCGCUGCCAGCUGACACCCAGGUGACGGUGCAGAUCUUUGACUCGGAGCCGCUGGUCCUGACGGUGCCUGGUGACAUCUCCUGGGACGACCCCAAGUUCAUGGAGGUGGUGGCCGACGAAGCCCUGCGGCUCUACAAGCAAAACAACGUGGUGUAGCGCCCCAGCGCUCCCGCCUGCACAGGACUGCGGUCCCCUCUCCGACGCCGAUGCCUCCAGCGCUGCCCUUCUCCAUGCUGCACAGGGCUGCUUAGCCCCAACUGUCUGCACUAGUGGUUAAACACUGAACUUCUGCUCUGCUGCUGCUGGGCUGGCUUGGCCCACGCAGGAAAUUAAACUAGAUCCACACUGAGCAGCUUGCUGGA